CGACAACGCGCCAGUAGUGGAGCGAUGGCGGCGGCGGUCACUGCCCCACCCUGCCGCUCAAAGUAAACAAAACAAGCGGCUACAAUUUGUGUUAAAUGUGGCCGAUCGUUGGCGAAAAUGGUUGAGAACGCCGGCUGCUCAGAAAAGCUCAAUAAUUACUUGACUGAAUUAGGAAAAUGGUCGGUAUGGCAGAACAUAAUUCUCGGUCAGAUCCUCUCCAUUCUGCUGGUAUCCAUGAACACACUCUCCCAUUUCAUCAGCAGGGAUGAUAGCACAGUCUUACCAACAGGACAAAGCUUCCCGCACUAUAUGUUCCUCUGUGCGGUGUACACCAGUUGGUUAGCAUUUCGCCGAGGGGAUCAAGGACUCAUACAAAUCAUCAAACACCGCGGAUGGCGAUAUGUCCUGCUAUGCUUGAUCGACGUGCAGGCAAACACGUUACUUUGCUCAGCUCAUCAGUUUACUACUCUAAGUAGCAUCCAAUUAUUGGGAUGUGUUGCAAUACCUGUAGCAUUAGCAUUGAGUUGUUUGGUCUUGGGAGUGCGCUACCGGAUGGUUCACAUACUUGCAGUGUCGGUGUGUCUCAUGGGUAUCGGAUGUCUAGUGUGGGCUAAUAUCGACGAUACCAAAGUAGAUGGCAAGAACCAACUGGUUGGAGACAUGUUAUGUUUAGGUGGAGCAGUUCUAUUUGCAAUCGUGACUGUUCUACAGGAACUCUCAGUCAAAAACACUGAUGUUGUGGAAUAUCUAGGACUGCUUGGCUUGUUCGGGAGUAUUGUCUCCGGCGUACAGAUGAUCCUGCUAGAAAAGCGCACAUUAUUGACCAUCAGCUGGAAAGACUCCAGUAUGUUACUGUCGACGUUCACAUCAUGUCAGUUUCUAUUCUGCACCCUCAGUUCAGUUUUCCUCAUGAAUAUGGGUACAACAGCACUGCACUUAUCUCUCAUCACUGGUAACUUUUACACAUUGGUUCUAGGAAUGAUUUUAUUCAAUUACAAGUUUCAUGCAUUAUACUUCCUAUCCUAUGCAUUGGCAAUGUUGGGGAUCUACAUCUACGCAAUAAAACCAAUCCCCAUCUCAGCGAGGAUCAACAAUAAUCAUCGCAGACAGUCGCAUCCCAACAAUCUCCGCACAUCCGAGUGCCAAAUUCGGGAACAUGUACUCUCCGACAGCCCUGAAAUGACCAGCGAAAUGUUAUCCACGUUUAGUACGAUGAACAGCUGCGAUACCUACCCGUUAAGUCUGAGCACCAACACCACCUUCACGUCUUUCUACGGCAGCCAUCACAACAUCCUGAACGCACAGAACCAUAAUCACAGUCAUGGCGGACACGGCUACGGCAGUGGAUAUAAUCACGGCCACAGUCACACGAUGACACUGCCAAUGCCACGAAACGGCAGUCAUGGCAUCAACAACGAGUAGCGAGCAAUAUUUGACUUUUUAGCGUGUUAGCACUUUUAUAUCUAUACAAUCACACAUACAUAACAUAUGUACCGGUAGAGUAAACGCAUUAUUUGAUACGCUCAACGCCAUAACCUCGGUUGACAACUUUUAAUCGAUAAGAGAUACAGUACUUAAACUAUUCUAUGUAUCUUUAAACACGUACAAGUUUUGAAUUGUGUUCCUUUUCUAAAAAAAAUAUACAUACAAGAAAGUAAAUGAAAUAA